AUGAGUUUCGAUAUUCCCACCGUCGCCGAGAUCCAACUCGCUGCGGAAAGCGGGCAGCGCAUUACACAAGGCGAUGUUUCAGCAAUCUCGCAGGCCGAGAGUGCGCUGACCGGACAUGGACCUGCUCGAGGUGGACCGGCUGCCGCCGCUCAGAGCCUGUCAAUGCGACAAAAGAACUUUGAAAACAAGGUUGAUGAAGUUUCACGGAAGCCCUCCAGCUCAAUCUCCGUCGCAGAUGCAGAUGAAGUUCAAGCAACAGAGGGACGAGCAUUUAACCAACCGCCCGGCAUCGGCUUUGUUACUGCCCAGGUCCGGUCAAUCGCCGACAAUAAUGAGGCAUUAGGACUUACUGCUAGUGCCGAUGUACCUGUUUAUGUCACAAAAGAUGAUGCACGAGAUGCGCAACAUGCCGAAGCUGCUGUCUAUGGAGGCCAAAAUCCUCGAGGUGGCCAUGCGGCGCAGUUGCAGAGUGUAGCAGACAAGAUUGAAAAUGCUAGGCGGAUUAUUUACUAG